AUGGAAUCAAUCGGAAUGUAUCCGCACCAACCUCGUACGCAAGCCACAUACUUAAUAGAACAGUCUAGAGAGAGAUAUGGGGAUUACUGGUCUGCUGUUAUAGUGACAAGUGAAGGAGGAUUUGCCAUGAGUUUGAUUGAAGGAGAAACGAAAAAUACAAGGUAG